AUGGAGUUGCCUCCUCCGGGAAUCCGGAGGGUUUCCAUCAACUCUCAAGAAUUUGAACCCCGCAAGUUUUCCAUCUUCCCAGGCGCGAUGCCCGCCCACGCAUCUUUGACCACCUCUGGUACCUUGAAGCCCUCCACCCAGGACAGACUGAGGACCCCGAGCCUGAUGAUGCCUAGCCCCAUGCCCCAGAAGAGCUCCCUCAUCCCACCGGCCGGCAUGCGGCGCAGAGGGUCCACCGUCUCUUCUGUGCACUAUGCCGAUGAGCAAGUCAAGCCACCACCCUUGGACGCGGACAAAGAGAAGGCCAAGGAGAAGGGCAAGGGAGCCGGGACAAAGCUGCUGAAAAUGCUAAGAAAAACUCUUCAAGGGUCUGACAGUGAAGAAAUGGUAAUAGCACAGGAAACACCAAAUUUGAUACCAUUUGGAGAUGUGGUCGGCUGCCUGGCUGUUCACAUAAAGACUUGCAGACAGUUUUCUCACAGGUUCAUUAUACAACAACAUGUUAAUAUGUUCAUUCGUGUCUCUAUAAACCACAUCGUGAAAUGCACAAAACUUCGGAAUUUGAGAGCUUUUAACAAUGAAAAGAACCUUGUCCUUAGGUUUGAUGAAGUGAAGUAUUUUUCUGUACAGGUUCCCAGGCGUCAAGAUGAUGAGCGGAAUACUAUUUUCUUGGAACUAAUGCAAGAUGGAGGAAACAUUGAAAAACCUCCCCUUUCCUUAGGCAGUGUUGAAUCACACCUUUAUGAAGUAAUACAGAAAGGAUGCUAUACCGAAGUAUUGCAGAUGACGCAUAGACACACUUUUAUCUGCAGGUUGGAGGUGGAGUUCAUGUUUUCCUAUGGAAACUUUGGUUAUGGAUUUUCACAUCAGUUAAAACCUCUUCAAAAAAUCAUUGAACCAUCUAUGUUUAUGAAGAUUGCACCUCCUCCAGAAAGAACAGAUCCUGUCACAAAUGUCAUCACUCCACAACGAGUAGAAUACCCAGCAUUCUUAUCCCCAGAACUUAACGUCACCAUCGGGUCUGCUGAAGCCAGCCAGCCAUCCGCUGCGGUGCGACUUGAGAAACUCCGUGAGAAACCCGGGGAAAGGUUGGAAAAAAUGAAAAAGGAGUAUAGAAAUCUGAACACAUGGAUUGAGAAAGCUGAGUACUUGAAAAACCUUAUUACUUCAAAAGUGGCUACCCAAGAUUCUGAGUUUAUGGACAAGAGUGACAAGGAAAACCUGGUAAUACCAGCUUUGAAACUGUCGGAUCAAGGUUUCUCGGAGCCCUUCCUUCAUAAAAACAGUGAACCAGACAUUCCGCUACCCCCUAUCCACAGCCUGCAGAUAAUAGAGGAGGAUGAGGUGCAGCAUUCUCAUGCCCCUUAUUUGUGGGAAGACAAGCCACAGGAAGAGAGAAGUGUGGUGUUGCCAAUGGAUGAACCCAAACCUUCAAGCAUUUUAAGAAUAACCUCUUCUCUACAGGAGGUUAGGCAUAAAAAGGAAAAAUUUCCUCAUUUUUCAGAUGUGUUAAUGAUGCCUGAUAGGCCCUUAGGACAAGAAAAUACAAAUCAAAAAGGGAAAAAUUUCAUCCAGUUAAGGAAAUCUUGGGAAACACCUCCUACUGACAUAGUCAGUGGCCUCCGAAAGGUGGCUUUUGCACAAAAAGAGUAUACUACAUCAGUUUUCAGAGGGGAAUCUGCAGAAUUCAAACCCAAACACCAGUUUCAGAAAUUCAUCAAGGGUGGUCUUGAUCCUUUUCUAAGGAACAUAAACAGCAAAAUGUCAUUCAAAAAGAAGAAAGACCAAGACACAUACAGAUAUCCAAGCUCUUUAAGCACAGAAGUUGCAGAACACGAAGAUCAAGACCCUCCUUACCCAGAACACUCAAGGUCUGCAGGAUCGAAUACAACCUGGGCUAACGAUCCUGACCUCAUCACAAUCCACAUGGUAAACACAAAGAAUAAUGAGCCUCCUGACCACACUACCACCACAACAGUGACUUCAGACAGGAAGAACAAGUUGCCACAUGACCCUGCUCUCAACACUUCAUAUACAAAGAAUAUAUUUACAAGUGGUAGUCCCGUUAUCACCAUAACAAAGAUUUCAGAAUCUGAUUAUAAACUGUCAACUGAUCCUAGUUCCAAGACAACGAAGCCUUCAGAGACGAGACCAUCCAGCACCCCUAGUUCCAACACAUCAAAGCCUUCAGAAACAAGGCUAUCCAGCGGCCCUAGCUCCCAUACAACAAAGCCUUCAGACACAAGGCUAUCCAGCAGCCUUAGCUCCCAUACAAUGAAGCCUUCAGAGACAAAGCUAUCCAGUGGCCCUAGCUCCCAUACAAUAAAGCCUUCAGACACAAGGCUAUCCAGCGGCCCUAGUUCCAAUAUAUCAAAGCCUUCAGACACAAGGCUGUCCAGUGGCCUUAGCUCCCAUAAGCCUUCAGAGACGAGGCUAUCCAGCGGCCCUAGUUCCAAUAUAUCAAAGCCUUCAGACACAAGGCUAUCCAGCGCCCCUAGUUCCAAUAUAUCAAAGCCUUCAGACACAAGGCUAUCCAGCGCCCAUAGUUCCAAUAUAUCAAAGCCUUCAGACACAAGGCUAUCCAGCGCCCAUAGUUCCAAUAUAUCAAAGCCUUCAGACACAAGGCUAUCCAGCGGCCUUAGCUCCUAUACAACAAAGCCUUCAGAGAUGAGGCUCUCCAGUGCCCCUAGUUCAAAUAUAUUAAAGCCUUCAGACACAAGGCUAUCCAGCGCCCCUAGUUCCAAUAUAUCAAAGCCUUCAGACACAAGACUAUCCGGCGGCCCUAGCUCCCAUACAAUGAAACCUUCAGACACAAAGCUGUCCAGUGGCCUUAGCUCCCAUACAACAAAGCUUUCAGACACAAGGCUAUCCAGUGGCCCUAGUUCCAAUAUAUCAAAGCCUUCAGACACAAGGCUAUCCAGCGCCCAUAGUUCCAAUAUAUCAAAGCCUUCAGACACAAGGCUAUCCAGCGGCCCUAGCUCCCAUACAACAAAGCCUUCAGACACUAAAAGGUUGUCCCAGAAUCCUAGUAUCAAUGGAAAUAAAUCUUCAGAUCCUAGUAAGUUGUCCCAUGAUGCUAGUAUCAUUUCAACAAAAUCUUUAGACAAUAAACUGCCAAGUGGUAAUCCUUCUGUCAAUUCAGAUCUUACUACCAAUACAGCAAAAACUCCAGCUACGAGGGAUAAGUCAGCACAGGAUCCUGCCACCGUCACAGCAGACUCCUCAGAGAUGCAGAGUAAGUUAGAACAGCUACCAGAUGUAUCUUUACCGAACUUCCAAAGAGAAUCAUCAGUGACUGGGAAUGUUUGCAUAUAUCACCCCUCAAGCUCAAUAAAUUUUACGUCUGAUAUUGAAAAUUUAAAACAGUCAAUAGUACUCAAAUCAAUUUUAAGUAAAAAUCUGAAAGACCUUUCAGAUGAGUUAUUUUCUACACCAGAAGUCUGCACCAAUGCCAAGGAGAUGCAGGAAAGCUCCCCUCUGCCUCUAGGUGUGCAUGACAGACCAUCAUGUGGGACAGAAGACAGAGUGUUUGAACAAGUCCAAGAUAUAAACAGCUGGCUUUCACCCAAAGACAUUCUGAAUUCACAGGCUCUUUUAAGUCCUGUGAUUAAAAGUGUUCCUCAAGAUUUACUUCCAGAAGGCAGGCCAGGAACAUCUUCAGACACAGAAGAUGUCUCUGACAAACACUUAGAGGCUGCUGAAAUACACUUUCCAGUGAACAGAAAGAGCAGUUUCAAAACCAAACAUUUAGUAAGUGAAGUAGCAGGUUCCGAUCAGGGUUUAAAUGGAGGUGUAUGUGACUACGUCAUUAAGCAGAUAUUCACUGCACCCAUAUUCUCGAAGCUAGAGACAGGAGAGACGGCACUGAGCAAGGCACAGAUGGCCUUACAGGACCAAGUGCUCACAUACUGGGAGAGAAGUACAUCUUCACAGAUUCUUACCUACGAAGAAAAAAGCAACAGAUCUCCCUUGUCACGGCCGAAAUCGGGUAUAAGCACAAUAAUACAGUCGUUUCCUGUAGAAACUCUUUUAGAUUCUGGGAUAAUCAAAGUGAUACAACUCGAUAAAGAAAACCAGAGCUCUCUGUUGGACGUACAGACAGCCUCUCCUGAGGAAAAGCUGCAGAAUCCCACAGAGCAGCACCAUAAUGUCAAAAGCCAAACAAAACUGCUUUCAAGACAGACUACACCUAGCACUAAGCCCACAGAAACCUCUGUGAACGCAGCUGAUUACAAAGAAGACAGCCAAAGUACGUCCACACAAGAACCAAACUAUCCAAAAGCAGAAAGAAAGUCCGACUCACCAAAUGAACGCCAGCGUCUGGACAUGGAGGAGGCUGGGCUCAGUUCUGCUGUAGAGUCCCUAAGUAACUUAAUGGGCAAUCUCAAAGGCACAGACUCAGUAAUAUUAAAGUCUGUCCUAAAAGGUAUCUUCAAAAAUUUCUUCAAAUACAAUCAGUCAGAAACAAGAGAGCAACUAGAAAAAGAGUUUGACAAACUAACUCAACAUUCUUCACCACAUGGUACAGAACACUUAGAAAAAAUGCAAGGGAAUUUUAAUAAAGCAGGCAAAGCAGACAAGAAGCCCAUUCUGGAUCCGAAGCUGUGUGUGUUUCUGGAGAAACUCUCAGAGUCCGAAGUAAAAAACAUGAAGUCUGAGUUAAGCAAGCACAUUCAGCAUUACCUUCUAGAAAAGCUCUCAGAGGCAGGCCACAUCACCAAGGAGGACUUACCCCAAAUUUACCAAAACCUGUAUCUGAUGAACGAGAAAACAGAGUUAAAAGAGCAAAGCUCUUGUCAGGACAAGUAUUCCAAAACUGUCGAGGAAAUCAUGUCCUUCGUAAAUAAUUUUAACCAUCAUUUCAUAGAUAAACAUUUAGAAAUAAAGCUAAGAUCUUUUCUAAAUGAAAUUCUCCAAAAUUAUUUCCUGAAGAACCUUUCAGGGAGCAAUUUAUUCAAUGAGACGGACAGUGUGGCGCUCAGUCCCAGCAUGUCUUCCGUGGGGAGUAGCUCCUCGAGGCCUCUGCACCGCCUGGGGCAAGAGACUGCCAGCGGGAGUUUUGGUUCCAGGCUCAAAAUAAACAUGAACUACCCUUUCAAUGAAUCUCUACAAAAUUAUCUUAACCCUUUAUCAGAAAAUGAUUUAUUAAGUCUAAAAGCUGAUUUGAGCAAAUAUGUCCAGGUCCUCUUUAUAGAUAAACUUCAUAAAUCAGGACUAAUGACAGAGAGACAAUUAAAGGCAAUCAGCCAGCAAGUUAACUCACUUCAUUCGCCUCCCACGCCGUUCAAAUGCAUAAAACCAGAGUUACCUUGUAGAGAUGAAAAUUGCUUUAUAAGGGAGGAUUCAGAAGAGCAAAAGAAAUAUCCGAAAAUUGGUCAAAAUACCACCUUUCGAACAUUUCUUGAAGAUAUACGUGGAGAAACAGAACCGACCAGAAAGGGAGAAAAAGGAGGCUCCUUUUCACACAGUUUAAAAGAAAAUCCACCAACAAUUUGGGAACAUAAACCUGUUUAUAGUAGGGAAGUUAAAACAUUAAUGAAAGUACAACCUCCUUCCAACAAACAUAUCCAGGCAAUUCCAUUAAAUAAGUCACCAGAAAGACCUGCAGAUAUAUUACUUAAGAAACACAAGCAAGACCUUGGUUUCAUGCAACUUCCUCAAGCAGAAAAUUCUGUUUACAAAACAGAGGCUCAAGAGCCAUACAGUUGGGACGGUAGGUCGAAACCAAUUCAAACAAAACUCUGCUUUGAAAAGACACUAAAAGUGAAGGUGCUUGAGAAAAGGGAUAACAAUAACGUUUGCAAACUGGCUGUUCCGGAAAGACCUGAUGCAGGAUUUUCACCUUAUCUAAAACUUCCUACCUGCAGAACCGCAAGAGAAAAUGAACACUUCAACAGACUCUCCUUCCCAACCUGGCGGGCUAACACGUUCAUUUAUGUCAACACAGAAAAUGGGGAGCAAUCAAAACUAGACCAGUACUGUCAGAGGUGGAAAGAAAAUAAUAAUAAUAACAAAAAGCACUUGGUAACAUUUGCACAAUUCAAAAACGAAAUGGAAACUCUUUAUAUAAACCCGUAUGAAGACUGUAAAGAAAAAUAUGCCAGGAACGCUGAAUCGCAGUCAUUUCCAUACAAGGAAGAGGAGAAAAACUCCAGGCCAUCUUUCUUCCCGGAAGUACUGACGAGGGAAAACAUGAAAUCCAAAAGAAAAGAAAGAGAUUACACCAACAAACCGAAGAAGUCAUUUCACAAGAUAGUUAGGAUACUGCCAGCCGCGCUGCCCACUGCAAGACCUCAUCUCCGGAAAUCUGUUCCAAGGACCUUACUCCAUUGGACUGCAAGGAGAACUGUACAUGAUUGUUUGGAUAGAUUCGAAGAUUUACAAAUACCCUCAGUUAAACGUCCUAAAAACUCAAAAUCCAGAGCAAGACUUUUAGGCAAGAGUCCAGAUGAUUCCUAUAAUCAGGCAAAACACUGUGCACGACCGUCCACUGCUCCAGAAUCUAACAAACGGCGAGAAAGUGUCACCGGGAAAUCUGCAAGUCCUCGGAUGGUUUCGGCGGGCUUAGUUCAUAUCCAUGAUACCACCCCGGAGUAUGACAUACGGAAAGUGAGGUCCAAAAGAAAAUUAAAGGAGAAUAUUGAAAAACGUCCACUCAUUUAUGAUAUUAUCCAGAUGUUAGACACUGCAGAAUAA